AUGGGAGUACUUCGACCCCGGAGCCAGAGCGACGCUCAUCGCGCCGGAUUGUCUCUUCGUCGCGCAUCUCUCGUCGAUGACUUGGCUCCUGGGCCGCAUGACUAUCCGGUUGAGCAAGCCAACAAUGGAAGCCCGCCUCGGACCUUGGGAAUCGAACCUCUUGUCUCGGGCGGAACAAGCUACAGGACCCCAAGUCGGUCUUUCUACCAUCGGUCAUUCAAUAACACAUUAGGUGAGAAUAUGCGAACCUGCUGGCCCCGGAUUUACCUCAUGCUUCGUGUGGAUCGUGUGUUGACUCCUGUCGGUGCUCUAGAUCCGGCUCAUUAUUCUUCUAAUGGUCUCCGAGAACAGUCGGCCGAACUGGCGUCCUUCGCGCUGUCUCUCAAUGGGAGCUCUCCGCAGGAGAGGAACACCCUUCUCCCAUCAUUGGAUAUCUUCCAUCAACCAGAAAAUAUGAAUCUUGCGUCAUCUCCCGCUGAGACUAUCGUUCCAGCCCGCCGGGACUCGGAAUACCACCAAACGCCCGCCGCUGGGUCGUCCGUAUUGACGGAGAUGAUCCGCAAUCCGGACGAGUUCCAAGACCUUCCGACUCCCCAUGGGGCCAGCACUACGGAUGGAAAUGGAACGAGUCGGCCACGAGCCUCAAGCACAAGCCCCACAGCGGACGAAGUCGCAGAGGACAAUGAGACCACUGAACACACAUCCCUCAUCCUGAGGACAUCGCCCUCGAAGCCCAUUUAUAGCUACGGGAGUGUCGAAGAUGUCGAGAGCCAGAGGUCUACGCGUAACCCGGAGGGCGGCGUACUACGAGAGACCCUCGCCAACGUCUCCUCUUGCUGUCGAGUACUAUCGAACCCGAAAUCAUGGAGUGGGCGAGCCGUGUGGAACCGAGGUGUCGUCUACCCUGUCAGUUUACUCCCGGCGGUAUUUCUCGGUCUACUGCUCAAUAUUCUCGACGCCCUGUCGUACGGUAUGAUCCUGUUUCCCUUGGGAGAGCCGAUCUUCUCGGAUCUUGGGUCGGACGGGAUCUCGAUGUUCUACGUCAGUACCAUCAUUGCUCAGCUGGUUUUCUCCUGCGGAGGGUCAAUCUUCCGUGGUGGGAUCGGUAGCGAGAUGAUUGAGGUCGUCCCCUUUUUCCACCAAAUGGCCUUUACUAUCCUGGCCCGAGUGGGUGAUAACAACCCGAAAUCCGUGUUGGCCACAUGUAUUCUAGCCUUCAGCGUCAGUUCCGUCCUGACGGGUCUGGUGUUCUUUUUGAUGGGGACCUGCGGGCUGGGGUCGCUCAUUGGUUUUUUCCCACGCCAUAUUCUGAUCGGUUGCAUUGGUGGUGUGGGCUUCUUUCUCCUGGAGACUGGCCUGGAAGUAUCAGCUCGGCUGCCAGGCUCUCUCGAGCUCACCAUUCCUACGCUGAAGAAGCUCUUUCAGUUGGAUACCUUCCCCCUUUGGAUUACCCCGCUAGUGCUUGCGAUUGGCCUCCUGGUGUUGAAACGUUUCGUGCGAUCCAAUUUUCUUGUGGGUGGGUAUUUCAUCGCGGUGGCUGUCGUGUUCUACAUUGUCAAAUUUGCCGCCAGAAUACCUAUGGACACGCUGCGGAAUAGCGGAUGGGUCUUUGAUGCCCCGUCAUCUGCAAACCCGUGGUGGCAUUUCUACACACUCUACGACUUUUCGGCCGUCGAUUGGGCGGCCUUUGCUGACACGAUCCCGGCGAUGUUCGCACUCACCUUCUUCGGCAUCCUUCAUGUUCCCAUCAAUGUCCCGGCGCUGGGCAUCUCCACGGGCGAGGACAAUCUGAACGUGGACCGAGAGCUCGUGGCACACGGAGUCACGAAUGCCUUAUCAGGGUUUGUGGGUAGCAUCCAGAACUACUUGGUGUACACCAACAGUCUGCUUUUUAUCGACAGUGGUGGAAACUCCCGUCUGGCAGGAAUUAUGCUCGCGGCAGCUACCGGGGGCAUCCUCCUAGUCGGACCUGUGAUUGUCGGGUUUAUCCCUGUCAUGGUUGUCGGUGCACUUAUCUUUCUCUUGGGAAUAGAGCUGAUGCAGGAAGCCUUGGUUGAUACGUGGGGGAGGCUGCACCGGGUUGAGUAUCUCACGAUUGUCAUUAUCGUGGUAACAAUGGGUGCUUGGGACUUCGUGGUGGGUAUUUUUGUUGGUAUCAUUCUUGCCUGCUUGAGUUUUGUCGUCCAAACGUCUCGCAAGUCCGCCAUCCGGGCUAAAUAUUCCGGUAAAGUCGCCAGCUCAACUGUUCGGCGGCCUCCGAUCCAGCAGCGGUUCCUGAAGGAGGCUGGGCAGCAGACACUAAUUAUCAAGUUGGGAGGUUAUCUCUUCUUCGGGACAAUCGUGGACGUGGAAAACACCAUGCGCGGACUCAUCGAGGAAGAGGCCUUCAACAGACGUCCUAUCCGGUUUCUUAUUCUGGAUUUCUCGCGCGUGUACGGCUUGGACUUCUCUGCCGCCGAGGCGUUCACUCGCAUUAACCGCGUGCUGCGCAAGCGGCAUGUGCAGAUGACAAUAUCCGGGUUAGAUGUGGAGGGCGAGAUAGGGCGCAGCCUGCAGAAUGUGGGUCUUUUCGAAUCGGAAAACGGUGUGCAGCUCUUCGAGGACCUCAAUUCUGCCCUGGAGUUCUGUGAGAACAACUACCUCAAGGUCUUCUACAGCUACCGCGAAGCCCUCCUGAAGAGAACCAACGUCUCACCCACGUUCCUGGAGGUUCCCGUCUCUCAAACUCAGCACCACCUCGGCGAGGGCAUCGUGAGCUCUCCCCGCCAUCGGUACCUGCAGCAAGCCGCCACGACGACUCUCCAUGAGGACGAGACCGCGGUGGUAGCUCCCGCUGCAUGGUCCGCAAUGCGCCAACCGCUUCCACUCCUGCUCCAGACAUUCCAAGGGUUGACUGCGCGGAACGAGGAUUUCUGGUUCCCCGCGUGUGCGUAUUUUGUCAAAGAAACCUACGCCGCAGGCACCGUGCUGUUCCAGGAGGGCGACGUACCCGCUGGGUUCUAUCUUCUGGAAUCCGGCAUGCUACGUGCAGAGUACGAGCUUCCCCAGGGCAGCUACUUUGAGCUGAUUGUGGCUGGAAGACCGUGCGGCGAGCUGCCGUUCUUCAGUGAAACCCGACGGACAGCAACAGUCAAAGCCGAACAGGAUUGCGUUGCGUGGUGUUUGAACGUGGAGAAAUGGCGGGCGCUGAAGGAACAGGAACCUGAGAUUGCGCGGGAACUGCUGACGGUCAGUCUGAAGCUGACGACGGAGCGGAUGGACUGUAUUACUUCUUAUGUUCUCACGAUGGCGGCCUGA